AUGAGCCAGCCACCGCCGCCUCCGCCCCCGCCCCCGCAUGGGGAGAACCCCAGGACAACGGCCGGUGGCUCCGGUCUCCCGCCCGGGAAAUACGACGUCUUCAUCAUCCCCGAACACUCGGCCGGCGCGGGAUUCCUCUACCUACCCUCCCUAAAGCCACAAUGGAACAGCUUCAUUGCCGGUGUCGUCAGCACGCUGGCAGUCGUCAUCAUGGCGAAUCUCGCCAGUCCCGUGGUGGCGGCCAUGCUCAACAGCCCCGACAAGACGUGGCCGCUUCUUUGGGUUACACUGGUGGCAUGUAUUGGCGCAGCGGCUUUCCUACUGGGCCGCCAGUUGAACAGUUCCUCGGACCAGCAAAAUAGACAGGGUAGCAACCAGUCGGGAGGCCACCAUAGACCAGGAGGAGGAUACGGCAACGGACCAGGGUCGUCGUGGUACACCCCGCCGCCUCAGAACGGUCCCCCGCCGAAUCAGGGACCGCCCCCUCCCCCGCCACCACCGCCUCAACAUGAGGCUCCGCGAGACGGCGGUGGACAGUAUCAAUCUUGGCAGGAGCAGCCGAGGCAGCAACCACAUGCCGAGCCCCAACCACAACCACAGGCCCAACCCAGACCGCAGCCACAACCACAGGCUGAGCCCCGGCCGCAACCGCCGCCGCAGCCGCAGCCUCAACCUCAACAGGCUCCACCACCCCAACCGCAGCCUCAGUCCCAACCCAAGCCGAAGUCGAAGCCGAAGCCGAAACCGCAAGAACCGAGGCGGGAGGAACCAAGGGAGGUGCCUCGGGAGGUACCGAAAGAGGCGCCCAGAGAGGCACCCAAGGAGGCACCCAAGCCGAAGCCACAGCCGCCUCCGGAGCCGAAACAACAACCAUCGCAACCGCAACCUCCUACGCCUAGACCGGCAUCGGCAAAAUCCGAAGCCCCAAGGGGUGCGUGGGAAAAAGCACGGGAGGAGAUGCGGCGAAGAGAAGAGGAGCGGAAGGUUAAGGAGGCCGAAGCCAAGAAAAAGGAGGACACGGCCCGCCGGUUACGCGAACUUCGUGAGCGCGAAGCGAAAGAGCGCGAUAAGAGGGAGAGGGAAGCCCGGGAACGCGAGAUUAAAGAGAGGCUCCGGCAAGAGCAGGAGGCGAAAGAAAGGGAGCGUCUCGAAAAGGAGGUCCGGGAAAAGGUUGAGAAGGAGCUUCGCGAGAAGGUCGAGCAGGAGGCCAGGGAGCGCGAGGCACGCGAGCGAGAGACGAGGGAGCGGGAGGCGAGGCUAAAAGAGGAGCAGCGAAAGAGGGAUGAGGAACGGGCCCGUCAAGAGAGGGAGCGUCAUGCUGCCCGAGAAAAGGAACGGAAAGAGCGCGAAGAACGCCUCGCUCGGCUUCGCGCGGAGCAAGCAGAAAGAGAAAGGGAAAAGGAAAGGGAGAGAGAGAGGGAACAAGAACGGGAACGGGAACGGGAACGGGAACGAGAAAGAGAGAGAGAACAGGAACGACAACGGGAAAGGGAGAGGGAAGAGGAAAGGGAAAUGGAGAGGGAGAUGGAAAGGGAGAGGAACGAACGCAAGGGUACCACUUACGCAUACUCCUCGGUCGGCGAGAAGACCAGCAUGUGGCCGAAUGGGAGACCGCCCAGCGUUGCCCCCUCCCAAGCGGCAUCCACUCCGCCGCCGGCAAAACCAGCACCGUCUCAAGCCCCUCCAUCUCCAACAAGACCCGCGCCCGCACCGUCGACCCCCAAGCCUGCGCCCUCGUUCUCCAAGCCUCCACCAUCCUACAGCAAACCUCCACCGUCGCCUCCCAAACCCGCCCCGUCCCCAACCAAAUCUACCGCCUCUGCGACCGGCACCGAAGACACCUACUCCUACCGCCCCUACGAUAAGCCCAAAAAGCCGGCCCGCAAGAAGUCUGUCUCGGACCUUUCCGAGUCCUCUUGGGCCCCAUCCGCCUCAACCGCCCGCACCACCCCGCCACCCUCCACCCGGGGCCCCUACACCACCAGCGACCCCCAAAAGAUUAUCAUCAAGGCCGUCUACGGCUACCUCAACCAAUUCUCCAAAACCCCGGCCUCCCAGCUCAUCUCAGGCGUCAGCCCCGUCACGGACGGUCUCAUCCUGCGCGUCACAUCGGCAGGCCUCUUCGUUGACGACGACGUCCGCGGCGUCGCCCAGCGCGAGUGGGACGUCAAGGCCUGGACCCUCAAGCUCGUCGAGAUCUGGUGCCCCGUGCACGCCGCCUCUGCCCAGGCCGCCAACACCCCCGGCGGCGCGAGCGGCGAGAAGGGCAAGGGCUUGCAUCUGCUGCGCGCCACGAUUAGGGAUCAGGAGGGCAAGCGCUACUUGUUUGUCAUUGGCGAGGAGGAGGCCUGGAAGAUUGCCGGCGGGCUGGCUGCUCUGCGUGGGAGCAGCCAGGUCAGGGCCCUCGGUGUGGCCGGGUUCAGUGGCUUGGAGUCCAAGACUUUGCUGGAUACCCUCGGGUGGACGGCCUGA